AUGUCGGUGAACGCGGAACCCUUUCACUUGGCCCAAUUUUGGAUCCCUAUUUCGUGGUCGCUGAUAUGGAAAGUGUUUAUCACUUUUUUGCUGUUGAUCAACUUUAAAAGUCUCCCUUUUGCAUGGCACAUUCGUCUCCUUCGAGGAUAUCGUUGCCUACUCCGAUCAAACAGAUCUAAAGAUGGUGCUUCACCAGCGCAACUGUUCCAGCCGCUGAUACUUUCCUCUGGAAAUUCGCUCUGCGAGUUGGACUACAACCUCCAUAAGUCAAAUAGCACAUACUUUGCCGACUUGGACAUAGCCCGAGCGCAUUUAAUGUGCACCCUAUUUUCGAGCGGAGUCGACUACGCGCGCAACGCACGCAAAAGGAUUGGCAUUCUCGGAGUCUCAGACGACCUGAUCGGGCUGGCUCUCGGAGCGGUCAGCUGCACCUUCCGGAAAGAAGUGAAGCCAUUCCAAAGCUACGAGAUCUGGACGCGGGUGCUCUCCUGGGAUGACAAGUGGAUAUACACCGUAACCCACUUUGUGCGCAAGGAUACCGUCCGUCCUCGCAGUUUCACUCUACUACCACCAACCCACUAUAGUCCGCGACAAGGGAAGCUGCAGGAUCUUGCGAGGAAAGAAGAUGCCAUUUUUGCGUCUGCCCUGAGCAAAUGUGUCUGGAAAAAGGGCCGUCGGACCGUGUGCCCCGAGAUUAUGCUCCAGGUUUCCGGUCUUUUGCCACCACGACCGGGUCAGGAGGACUACGUGGCUAGUCUGCGCAAUGAGCCGCUGGGGAGUCUUACGAUGUCGAAGCAAUUCGAAGAAAUCUAUGAUCUGCCCUUCAAACUAGUUGCAAAGAUUGAGAGCUGCUGGGAUACCCUCAAGGACCAAUUUUCACUCGACACAGAGGAUAUAGAGCAAGAUGAAGAAGGCCGGAUCCGAAAUGGCAAGACUAGACGACAGAGCCAGCAGCAGCGUACAGAAAGCCAACACACUCGCCCUAAUCGAGAUGCAUGGACGUGGGAGCGAGUGGAACAGGAACGCCUGAGGGGUAUGGAGAUUGCCAGGGGGCUGGCCGAAAUGGAUCGCCUGCACGGUGAGUUCACCGCUGAUACAGAUGCACUGGCUUUGCGUCGGGAUCUGUGGUGA